AUGCUUAAGGAAAAUUAUGGUUACCCAGAUACUCUUGACUUUAGUGACAGAUAUAAAGAAGCUAUUAGAAAGUUCAAGGAAGGAAAUACUGACCCGAACCUAUUUAGCUUUAUGGUUCAGCACCAAAUGGGAUAUAAUUUCAAACCUGGAAAAUACAAGCUCGCUAAGGGAUAUGAUUUAAUAGCAUAUCAUCCAAAUGACAUGACUGAAUUUACUCCGAGAUAUUUGGUGUCAGAGAUAAAUGAUAAUUCAACUAUCUUCAUGAAACGCGUAAAAAAUAGAGACGGAACGAAAGAAGAAAGGGUUAUGAAUGCGGAUGACUUAAAUAGGGAACUUGUUAAAAACGGUCUCGGAAUAUAU